AGGUGGCGCGAACACACUUUACUCUACUCACACUCCAACCCUGCAGGUGGCGCGAACACACUUUACUCUACUCACACUCCAACCCUGCAGGUGGCGCGAACACACUUUACUCUACUCACACUCCAACCCUGCAGGUGGCGCUAACACACUUUACUCUACUCACACUCCAACCCUGCAGGUGGCGCGAACACACUUUACUCUACUCACACUCCAACCCUGCAGGUGGCGCGAACACACUUUUACUCCCGAUGUCACCAUCGGAAAAAGCAGAAGAAGAAUGACAUGGGUUCUGGUUUAGCGGUGAGUGUGUAGUUAACCCGGUGUAAAGUGUACAGAUUAACGCGCUGUGUGUUUAAUAUUAUGAGUUUUAACAACAUGGCGGAUCCGCGGAGACACAACAAGAUCUUCCGCUACAAGCCCCCCAGCAGUGACUCUAAUCCCACUCUGGAAGAUCCGACUCCUGACUACAUGAACCUCCUGGGUAUGAUCUUCAGUAUGUGUGGACUCAUGCUCAAGUUGAAGUGGUGUGCGUGGAUCGCAGUGUACUGCUCCUUUAUCAGUUUCGCAAACUCUCGCAGCUCAGAGGACACCAAACAAAUGAUGAGCAGCUUCAUGCUCUCUAUAUCAGCGGUAGUGAUGUCAUAUCUGCAGAACCCUCAGCCCAUGUCACCGCCAUGGUAACCAAGGUCAUGACCCCCAGGGGUCAAGAGGAUCAAACACAAAUCCUGCUUCUGAUCAUUCAACAAGCUCCUCCCUCUCUCUCCUGAUUGGCUGAGAGCUGAUCAUACUGUAGAUGGUAUGAAUGCCUGUGUGUGUGUGUGGGAACACUAUUAAUAUAAAAUAAAGAGGAGUUUUUAUGAACUUA